GUCCAUCCCGGCUCAGCCUUAGCUAGAAUCUGUCAAGUAUGCCUCGCCCAAACAGGAAAAGCCCUGGCACAGGCGGAUUUCCCCAUCGGGACAGCCUCGAGGCCAAUUUGGCCAAACCUUGUCUUACGUCUGGCUCGGGCCCCACUACCCCCAAAACCAUUGGUGCACUAAUACCAGGGGUCGACCAAUCACUGCGGUUAGCGUCUUUCUUAGCCCCGACUGUUCGUGGGCAAAGUGUCGCUGUGGGGGAAGGUGGGGCCUGUUAGUGGACGAGGGUUCUGCGGCGCAAUCUCCGAGGAGCCAAUCAGAGGCAGUAGAGCCCGUCCGACAUGAGGAAUGCUGCGAUUUUGGCAGGUGUGAUUCUCCUAUCCCUGCGGCUGUCAUGUUUCCAUCACGAGGCGAGAAUUUUUCUGUUGCUUUUUAGUCGAAGCGAUGGACAAUCAUUGUCAAAGAGGGUUAGGACAAUAUCCAUCGAAGGAUGGAACAGUCGGAUACGAUUACGAGGGACCUUUUUUUCUCUCGUAGCGACAGACACCAUCAAAACAAACAAAAGCAACAUUCCAAUCCAAGCUUUGAUUUCAUGUUUUCUUUUUCCUGUUGAAUAUGUGCAGCUCAAUUCUGUGUCACGGGGAAUGAUUGAAUAUCCGAAAUAUGGAUUGACUGGAACUAUCCAUGGAUCAGGUGGGAUGAAUAUUGGGCGAAAAGUGAAUCACAACAAAUAAGAUCGACAUUCAGUCGGACUCAUCCGAAUUGAUCG